AUGAAUAUAGAGGAGUUGAAUAACUCAACAGUGAACUUCACCUCACCUGAAACAUCAAACUCCACAAUUCAGUCCGUUGGACUUGUGGACUUUCUGAAACUUUGUGUGUUCGGCUUCAAUCUGUUGUCAGGCCUUCCCAUGCACUCCUAUGUUAUAUGGCUCAUCGUUACAGGAACUGGAAGUGGAGUUACAUCAGAGUUCUUUUGCCUCAAUCUGUCUGUUUGUGAGAUUGGUAACUCUUUGAUUUGUGUCUUCUAUAUUUUGUCAAUAUGCUUUCCAAAUAUCACAGUAUUACCACUGAUUUUAUCAGGGCUCAUCUUCACCGGUCGUCCUCUGUUCCAGUGUCUGAUCUGUGUAGAGCGUUACCUGGCGGUGGUUCAUCCUGUAACCUUUCUGAAGUACAAACCUCUCAGAUAUAGAGUGAUCUGCUGCGCUGCUGCAUGGUCAAUCACUCUUGCCUCCUGUUUUUUGUGCUUAUAUAUGAGACAUAUACAAAUACACUUCUUAUGUGUGCAUUUCUUGCUGGCCAUUUCUAUGCAGUUGUUUUGUCUCGUGGCUGUUCUCAGAGCUCUGAAGCAGUCAGGACCAGGAGAGAGAGGAAGAGAGAGAGAGGAGGAAAACCACAUGAAGAGGAGAGCGUUUCUUAUUAUUCUAAUAAAUACGGUGACCAUGACUAUCAUAUACGUCCCAUUUGCUAUCGCAGGAUUAGUUACCAUUUUAACAAACCAGAAUAUUUAUAGUAUUUGGAUCACUGGUUUGAUUUGUUAUAUUCUGGCUGGUUUUGUUCACCCUGUUCUUUAUCUGCACCGAGCUAGAAAACUACCUUGCCUUUGA